AUAAAACUUUCAUUUUAAGAACUUUUUGAUGAUUUAAAGUUUUAUCUUUUCUUUUUAUCGCCCAUUCUGAUAUGAACAGAAAAAACAAUAACAGGGCUAUGUGUGGAUUGCGUUUUUCUCUGCCUUGCCUACUACUCUUACUUCUUGUUACCUGUAAUCUUGUAUUAUUAUUCCAUAAAGAGAUACUUGGACGUUUGUCCGUUUGCCAGCUCUGCACUGGGAGACAUACUAAGUACCAUAACUUAGGCCUUAUAAGUAUUCCUAGGAAUUUUUGUGAAAGUACAGUUUUUCUGUAUCUGACUGGAAAUAAUUUAUCUCCUGUAAAUGAAAGUGAAUUAACAGGACUUUAUUCUCUUAUACCAUUAUAUUUGGAUAAUGCUGGCAUUGUAUAUGUAUAUCCAAAAGCUUUUGUUCAUUUGAGGCACCUCUAUUUUCUAUAAGUAAUAUUAUAUGAAAUGGAUCCUGGAAUAUUUGAGGGGCUUUCCAAUCUUUGUAAUUUUUAUUUACUGUCUAGUCAAGUAUCCUUUUUUCCAAGAGGAGUAUUUAAUGAUCUAAUUUCAGUUCAGUACUUAAAGUUACAAAGAAAUCACCUCACUGUCCUUGUGAGUGGUACCUUUGUUGGUACGUUUGCUGUUCGGAUACUUGAUUUAUCAAACAAUAAAAUUUCGAGGAUAUCAGACGCAGGCUUUCAAUAUCUUGGAAAUUUGGAUUGUUUGUAUCUAGAAGUUAAGAAUUUAACAAAAGUACCAUCAGAUGCUUUUGAAGUACUUGAGAAUCUUUAAAGACUUUCUUUGUCUCAAAAUUGUAUUGAAUCAAUACAGCCCUUUCCCUUUGCAUUUAAAGGACUCUUCAACUUGGAAUAUUUGCUUCUAAAUAAUUCAAGAAUUAAAAACAUUACUAGGGAUGGGUUUAGUGGAUUUAAUAAUGUUAAACAUUUGAUCUUAAGUGAUAGUGAUUUAGAAAAUUUAACCGACACAUUUAGCUUGUUAAAGAAUUUAAUUUACCUUAAGUUAGACAGAAUAAUCAGCAUUGAUGAUGAUACAUUUGAGAAUAUAGGAGCAUCUAUGAAGAUCCUUAAUCUGUCAUUUAAUAAUCUUACAGACUUACAUCCAAAGGUCCUUAAGCCAUUGUCUUCAUUGACUCAUCUUCAGGCAAAUUCUAAUCCUUGGGAAUGUAACUGCAAACUAUUGGGCCUUCGUGACUGGCUAGCAUCUUCAGCCAUUACCCUAAACAUCUAUUGUCAACCCCCAUCCAUACGCGGCAGAGCAUUGCAUUAUAUUAAGUGGACUGACUUGACAGAUUGCGUUACCUCUUCGACAAACGUAUCCAGAGCUUGGGCUAUAAAAUCUCUUCCUAUUCAUCACAAGACCACUGCGUUAAUGAUGGCCUGGCAUAAAGUAACCACAAAUGGGAAACAUUUGGAAAAUACUGAGAGCAUUACUUUCGGGGAACAAAUUCAUACUUCACCUUCCAGUAGAUUUUUUCAAGAGAAUACCCUUGCUAAUCCACUAGAGACUACUGCAGUGUUGCCUGUGCAGAUACGGCUUACUUCUUCCGUUAACUUGAACUUGGAAAAAAACAGCGCUCUACCAAUCGAUGCUGCGUCAGUGUCAGGGAAAACAUCUCUAAUUUGCACACAAGAAGUUGAAAGGUUAAAUGAGGCUUUUGACAUUUUGCUAGCUUUUUUUAUCUUAGCUUGUGUUUUAAUCGUGUUUUUGAUCUACAAAGUUGUUCAAUUUAAACAAAAACUAAAGACACCAGAAAACUCAGGGGAAAAUAGACUUGAAUACUACAGCUUUUAUCAGUCUGCAAGGUAUAAUGUAACUUGCCCAAAUUCUCUUGAAAGCCCUGGUUUGGAGCAGAUUCAACUUCAUAAGCAAAUUGCUCCCGAAAGUGAGGCACAGGUCAUUCUCUUUGAACACUCUGCUUUAUAAUUCAACUGAAUAGUGGCUGUAAGAAAACUUCAGUGCCACAGACAUAAAUAAA